AUGCGGUUCUUAUCAGCGGUGCCUAUACCAGGCAAGUCCCAAGCUGUUGUGGGCCUCCUGCCAUCUCCUUCCUUGGAUGCCAUGUCCCUCACCUCGCCCGUCCACCUUUGCUCCCCGGGGGUACCUCCCACAGCCAAUCACAAAGGUGUGGGAGAAGAAAUACAUUUGGAAGAUGGGAAAGUAAAAGUGUUUGGUGGAAAUACAAAUUCAAGUUGCACAGUUGAUUCUUAUUCACUUCACACUGUUGGGCUUUAUUUAAGCCUGACAUUCACCAAUGGAAUCACUGUGAUUUGGGACAAGCACACAAGGUUCUCAGUCACACUUGAUAAACACUGGAAGGAUAAAGUGUGUGGUCUCUGUGGAAACUUCAAUGAUAACACUGAAGAUGAUCUUAAAACAAGAUUUAACUCUCUGGCAAGCAAUUCAAUUGAGUAUGGAAACAGUUGGAAGUCUACAGAUUCCUGCCCAAGUUCAGUAACUCAAUCAUUCCCCUGUGAGGAAAAUCCAUUCUGUUCACCCUGGGCAACAAAGAAAUGUUCCAUAAUUAAUAAUCCAAAUGGAGAGUUUCAACAAUGUCACAGUAAGGUUGACCCUAACCCAUACUAUGAAGCUUGUCUCCAAGAAGCUUGUGCUUGCGAUAAAGAGGGGAAGUACCUGGGUUUCUGUACUGCUGUAGCAGUAUAUGCAGAGGCUUGUAAUAAAGCUGGUGUUUGUAUUCGCUGGAGAACUCCUGAACGAUGUCCUGUUUACUGUGACUAUUAUAAUGACGACAAUGAAUGUAGCUGGCACUACAAGCCAUGUGGAACAUUGACAGCUAAAACAUGUUCGGAUCAUACAAUUAAAAAAAAGCUCUCUGCAGUUAUUGAAGGCUGCUAUCCAAAGUGCCCAGAGACGGCUCCUUAUCUGGAUGAAAAUAUCAUGAAAUGUGUCCGUCUCCAUCAGUGCACCUGCCUUUACAAUGGGCAAAUAUAUCAUGCAAAUGAAAACAUAAUUGACUGUGGAAACUGUGAAUGCACUGAUGGAAGAGUCAUAUGUGGUGAGCAAACUUUCUUUUUCAAUAACUUAACUGUAUAA